CCUCUCAUUCGGCUCCACACCUCAUAGAUUCCAGUAAAGCAUCUACACCUUUCUUACUUUAUUCCCUCCAAUUAUCUUUAUCUCGAUUACUGUUCAUCGUAAUACAAUCAAUCACUCUCUGGACUCUCAGAGAUGGUAUUAUUGGCAAACCCCACGUCUUAAUCGCAACCCCAGAUCCCAUUUCGGACACUUCCACCUUCCCCUAAUCUCGCUUCUAGCGUUUGAUUUCAGGGUCGUUGGAAAUAGCAACCCCAGAUCGCCAAUGUCAUGUCCAAUCAACAGUUUCCGCUUCAAUGCCUCCCUUUGCGCCUGCCCACCAGGCCAUCUUCUUGAUCGAACCACCAAUACCUGUGUUCUCUUUAGCAGCUCUUCAGCCAUCGUGAUCGGCCAAGCUGAAAGCGAUGCUGUUAGCUUCCCUGUUACCAUUUUCUCAUUUGAUUCUCUUAGGAUGUUCAUGCAGUCUCAAGCUGUGUUUCUUCAGGCUACACUUGUAAUGCUGGCUUCCUGGCUCUUCUUCUGCUUGUUUCUGAGAUUCAUGAAGCUUGGGGAUGGCAGAAACAUGUGGUUCAGGAUGAGAUGGUGGGUUAGCAGAUUGGACCUCUGCUUUGCCACUACACAUUGGCUGGAUGAUAAAAAAGUAAUCACAAAACGAAAAACCGAACUCGGUGGAACAUUCUCAAUAGCAAGUUGGAUACUUUUCAUUGGCUUGUUUGCUGCGUUGCUUUACCAAACUAUAUCAAAGAGAAGCAUUGAAGUGCAUAAUAUCAAAGCAGCACAUGCACCAGAUAUGGCUUCCUUUGUGAACGACAUGGAAUAUAAUAUAACCACAGUCUCUACGAUGAGUUGUGCAAACGUUCGUGAUCUCGGUACUAUUGUGUUUGGAAAUCCUGGUUUUCUGCAACAGAAAGUAAUGCCACUGUCAAAUUUUGCGAACUACUCCUGUCAUAACAACAGCGACGGGCCAACGAUAAGUGUUCGAUGUGGAAGAUGUCGUUUCAUUCAGGACAAGAUUUAUAUCUCAUGGCAGUUCGUCGAUCUUCCAAGUAGUCCUGCCAGUGCUGUUGGAUUUCAGUUUAACCUCUCAGCAAGGAAUCAUCCCAAAAAGGAUCAUGCAAGUUUCCUUAGUGGAAUACUAAAAAACGUUAGUAGUUUUGACGAUACACCGGUUACGUUCAGAGGGAAGAACGCGAAUAUAGUGCAAUUCAAUCUAUUUCCUAGAAUAUAUGGUAACCAACAGGAUUCCAAGCUCCUGCAGCCUUUAUUUCAUGAGUUUGUCCCUGGUUCAUUCUUUCAAAAGGCGAGCGAUCUCCAAACAUCCCUUGAAAAUUCCAAUGAUGGAGUACUAAAUGUCACCUUGUUCAUCAAUCUUCUCUCUUCCUACAUUGUCGAGAUCGAGAACCAAAACAUUUUUGACCCUGUUAGCUUUCUCGCAGACCUCGGUGGCCUAUAUUGCAUUAGUGUCGCCAUUUUUCUCUACCUCGUAGUGCAGUUCGAGUACAGAAUUAAAAAGCUCCGCGACGAAGACAGUGUUAUGCGUAAUAUUAGAAACCGAAAGAUAGCACAAGAUCAUUGGAAUAAGUUGAGGAAAUAUGUAAUGUUUACAUGGGGCUGCAGUACAAUGGAUGAUUAUUACAACGAUCUAUCAGCAACACCGAGUUGCGCCGAUUGCAUGGUUCAAUCAAGUCUCGAGGGCGGAUUGUUGCGCAAGCGAAAGGCAAAGAGUGGAUAUACUACUUUUAGAUUUAACAGACAAACUGCUAAACAGGACACAAAAUCGUUAAAGGCAACAGCUACCGACUCGGAAAUGAAAACGAUAACAACAAAACAAGAACCACCUCUGAUAAAUGCUUGGUUCUGUGGACAAGGCAAGCAAAGCUUGACCCGUCCAUGUGAGGGAGAUUCCUCACAGCUUGGCGAACUGUUUCAUUCUGAAGCUCUUAUUCCUCCACCACCCACAAUAGAGUUCAAGGAUAGUUCUGAUAUCGACAUGUUCGAUGUCUUGGAGAAGAUCAAAAGUUUGCACGAGUAUAACGUAAUUCUUAGAGAUAAGUUAUUGGCUACCGAGUCUGAGAUUCGGUCUUUAGCAAUCAAAUCUUCUUGAGAAAUCAGGCACUAAAUGAAUCUGAGCAAACAGUUUACUUCUAAUACUAGAAACUGCCAUCAGGAUACGCUUGCGUUGGGGAUAUCGACGUGCGGGAAAUUUUCUUUUGACGUCUUUCUUGUAGAAUGCUGCAAUUGAUUCUUCCAGUCGUGUUGCAAGGUUAGUCAAGGUCCCUUUGUGCCUUGGAAUCUUUGUUUUCUUUGCUGAUACUCAAAUGGCAGAGGGACAGAUCCUGGCAAUGUACAUAAUGCUGUAUGAACAUUUGAGUAUACCAUGUCUGGAAUGUGUAAUGAGGGAAGAGAUUUAUGUAUAUUUUUGUGUGGUUGUAUGGUGUAAAUUCUGUAGAACGUCAUAUGUUUC